UCUUGAUAUAUAAUCGACUUCCCAAAAAAUAAGUCCUAUUAUUUUGAAUUAAAAUAGCCCCCCAAAUCGACAUAGAGAAGAGUCAUGGCCCAUUCUCUAACCCCAGCACCAGCUCCUGCAGCACCCAUCUCAACAAGAUCAACGAAGAAGACUCAUUUCUUUUCUUUAGGGUUUCAAAGAGCGUGGGCUUGCCAUCAAGGUUGUGGUGGAGACGAGCUUGAGUAUAAACUUGUCCAUCGCAGGGCUGUGACGUUGAGCUUGGCUGGAGCAGUGCUGGGCUUGAAUGUCGGUGAUCGGAGUGCAAGUGCGGCGGCCAAAAGGCCUCCGGCCCCUCCACCCACUGAGAAGAAGGACCCCAAUGUGGGUGGUGUCAUGGCAAAAGUUCUAGCCAGCAAGAAAAGGAAGGAGGCUAUGAAAGAAUCCAUGUCCAAGUUAAGAGAGAGUGGGAAGCCCGUUAAGGGACCAACCGAAUCAACCGAAUGAACAUGAUUUCUCCAUGAAUGCAGACCACCUUCAAAGUUAUUUGUUUGUGAUCACUAUCUACAAAUGAUGUAUAUUUAAGAACAUCCAUCAAGCACAAUUUUCUAUCAUUUUGAACAAGAUUCUUGUACGUAACUGAAAUCCAAUAUUUGGCAUUUAAUCAAUCCGUGUCACCAACCAGAUGACCAAUUUUUAGGGAUA